AUGGGUGGUCAAUCGAUACCCACAAAAUUCCCAUGCUGGUGCAAGGCCGUCUACUCAUGGGGUGGAGAGACCAAGAAAGACCUGGGCUUCAUUGAAGGCGACCUGAUCGAGUGUCUCAACGCAGGAGAUGGAUCCUGGUGGAUGGGUCGUCUAAGGCGCGACCGGCGCAUGGUUGGCCUGUUCCCAUCCAACUUUGUACAAGUGCUCGACGAGAAGUUCCAACCAGCUCCUAUUCGCCGCAAUGUUUCACCGCCUACGACCGUCGCAUCGCCACAGAAGUCCAAGAGCGUCUUCCGUAAGCCUUUCCAAGGAUACAAAGAGUUUGGAUACCGCGAUGAUGGUUGCAAUUCGAGAGGCAGCACACCGGAGGACAGGCCGGUCAAGAAGAAGUUCAGCCCAUACUCGAGCAUGAAGACGGCAAAGGCUCCUGGAUCAGACAAGAAAGCACAAUCAUCACCGCUCAAGGAGGAGUCGACGUUCCGUGUACCUUCACCACUACCACGCGCUUCACCCAGCAGGCCGCCUUCUCCUGGAGACAUGUACAGAGCCUCUUCCCCAGCACCUACCACCUUAUACCGCUCAGUUUCUCCCGCUCCUUCAGCAUUCUACCGCCCGACAUCGCCGGCUCCUUCCGCCAUGUACAGAACCUCAUCACCAGCACCGUCAGCCAUGUACAGAGCCAGUUCACCUGCUCCUUCCGCCAUGUAUCGUCCGGUCUCACCAAGUCCUCAAGGAAUAUACCGCCCAGUAUCGCCCAACCCGACACCAAUGUACAACGGCCACGUCUCGCCUAAUGCCGCCAUGUAUCGUGCCGCCUCUCCCAAUACAAACGCCGAUCUUUACAGUAGAGCCGCUUCUCCCAAUCCAUACCGAGCAGUGUCGCCAGCGCCUUUCCAUCAAGGAAACUCGCCCUAUCGAGGACCAUCUCCUGCUCCCUCUCAGUUCCACCACUCCCCGUCUCCAUCUCCCACGCCUACGCCCAUGGCAGGUGACGGACAGUACCAAGCCUACAGACCCCCACAAGACUAUGAUUACUUCAGAGCUGCUUCUCCAAUACCUUCUGCACCUAUGCGUCACAUCUCACGGCAACCCUCGCCUGUGCCACAAGACGAUGCUUCUUCACCUCCGCCUCCCGCACCGCCGCCUCACCGUAUCCUGCAUCAACAGAGCAAGCCUGUUUCUCCUCGCGCUUCACACGAGUCUGAUCUCAACAAUGGCUAUGUCACACCUGGCGGCCAUUCUAGAGACGGUCAGUCUUCCGGCAUGACCCCUUCGCCAUUACGCGACGCCAUGGCUGAUGUCAUGUCUUCUCUUCACGAUAUGAGCAGUGUGGCUGGAAGAUCGUCACCCGCCCCUGGACCUGAGAGUCCGAAUGGUGGAAUCUGGUCGCCUGAUGCUUUCGAUCUGAUACGUUCCAGAUCCGCUCACCAGGCCAGAGCAAAGUCGGCCAUGGACACAUAUCGUAGAGAAGCAAGUCCAGGCAGACUGGCAAAUGUACAGGAAGACUCAGAUUCGAUUCCUUCCCUGCCACCUUCAAGAGAUGGGCCUCCUGCUCUGGAUGAGUAUGUCUCACGCAUGGAGAGUCGACUGAGAAGAACAAAGUCAACUGGUGGCGAUCUAGAAACUAUUGGAGGUGCUGUUCAGUAUGACAACAGACCCACAACGGCCAGCAGUCAGAGUAGUUCGGGUAGUCUCCGUUUCAGCUCUCAGGUCCCUAGUCCACGGAAGUCUGCAUACGAGGUUGCGACCAGACAACAACUUCGCAGAACACAGACCAGCAAAACAAAUGCCACUAGCUCCUCCUCAGGUACUAACAGCACUUCUACAGCCAGUACGACUAGUACUCAACUCACAAGUGUGAGUAUCAUGAGUGGUCAUUCUGCUGGUGCCUUCAGCGCCACUAGUGCUGGUAGCUUUGCUAGGCGCAAGUGGGGCUUGACUGGCAGUGUGAAAGGCAGACGACCACUGAGCGCUUUGAGCUCGAGAUCAUACGGCGAUCUUCGCGGAGAAUUUGGCAGGGAUGAGAGACCUAAGACGGCAAUGCAAUCACGACCCCAAUCUCCAGAGACUGGUAUCAGCUUCCACUCGAGUCACGCUACGCAACCUGCUCCAACUCCUGUCGCUGACUGGACGACUAAUCCAUUCGAAACUGCAGGAGUUCUAGGAGGUCUUUCUGCGCCCAAGGCCAAGAAGAGUGGCUUCUUCAGAAAGAUGAUCGACACAGCCAAGACGACCGCAAAGACUGGAGCUGCCAAUGCAAGAAGUACAAUCGCAUCCGGAAGACCACCAAGCAGAGCAGAAUCCCCGAGAAAGAGCAUUAUAUCCGAUGGUGUCACUGCUAUAGCUGGUGGUAUGCCUGGUUCACCACCUGCGCUCACAUCCACCGCACAUCGCGACAUGGGUCUGGGAGGUGGUGAUGGUUGGAUGCAAGUGAGACGCGAUGUCAACCGUUCCAACUCGCUCAGCAGGAAUGAGAGGAUUGAACGCGUUGAGCGUUGUGAGAUGAUGGACGUGCUUGUCCUGAACCCCGUUGAAGAAUUGCUUGAACGUACCGAAGGCGAUGAGGGACUUGACGGACUGGCCAUUACCGAACCGACCGACUUCGUUGCUCCAAGUCUGGGUCUGGUUGACAAGGGUACAAGGUUCAUCUCAGCUCUCCCUCAGAUGAUCACACCAACAUCAUUGGCACAGAGCUAUCUUUGCCGACCUUACCGCAGCGAUGUACAACGUCUUCGAGCCGUCUUCACCUGGACCGCCGAACGUAUAACAUGGGAGGAAGAUUUCGAAGGCCAGAUUGACACCAGACGUGUAUUGCAGACCAAGCGCGGCUGUAGCGAGGAAAUUGCCGUUCUUGUACGCGAUCUUUGCUCCGCAGUUGGUCUCCAUGCUGAAGUUGUCCGCGGGUACCUCAAGGGCCCAGGAGAACGACUCGACCUGGAGACUAUUGCUAGAGCCAACCACUUCUGGAACGCUGUGAUCAUCGACGGCGAAUGGCGUAUCAUGGAUUGCUCUCUGGCAAAUCCUACCAACCCGAAGCGUAAUUCUUACAGCUCAGCGAACAACACAGUUGCAGAUCACUGGUUCUUCCUCACCCGACCCAUGGAGAUAUGCUUCACUCACAUUCCUCUUCUUCCCGAACAGCAGCACAUCGUACCACCUGUUCCUCACGAAGUACUCAUAUCACUUCCAUGCGCUUGUCCUCCCUACUUUCGCCAUAACAUUGAGCUCGCUAACUACGACACCUCUAUCGCUUAUCUGGAGAAUCUGGAGAUGGCCCACCUCCAACUUACGGUACCUGAAGAUGUCGAGAUCGUUGCCGAGGUCGAAGCCCGCGCUUUCGCUCGUGAUAUGGACGGUGACUUGUUCGAAUCUGGUGAUGUGACUAGGAAAAUUGCUCUUGCACAACCCACAUGGAUUGGUGGUAGAAAGAGCUAUGUCGUCAAAGCUCUGCUUCCUGGUGACGAAGGCGAAGGUGUACUGAAAGUCUACGCUGGCAAAAGAGGUCUUAUGCACAGCAUCAAGGACAACCCACACGCUCUCGCUCUCGCAGUCCCACUUCUACACACUGGACAAAAUCCUCCGUACACUUUCCUGACUCGUCAUCCUACACCCCACGCGCAACGCCAUGAUCUCUAUGUUGCACAACCUCAAUGUGCCCGCUUGGUGAUCAACAACACUUUUGUCUUUUGCGUACGCCAACAUCCAUCAUCACUCUCCCGUUUCUCGCCCGACACAUGGGGAGGCUCCAACAACACUGCCUCCAGCCGCGGAAGAAGCAACUCAGCAUUGGGUCUCCGCUCCACCUCACCUGCCCCCUACGCUCGUCCAUCUUCCGCGAUGUCGAUGGCCUCCUCCUCAGCAGGCAUAUCCCACACCGGCUCCAUGAUGUCAGAAGCAUCCACCAUGUCAGACAAACAGACCAAACCCGCCAAACUGGCCAUCCAAUCUCCUUCUGGUAAAAUCAUCAGAUUCACGAGAAAGCAGGAAUAUGGUGGCAGUAAUCCUGGCAGAGCAGAAGAAGACGAAGGCAUGGGAAGUACUUGGGAGACUGUCAUCAAAGUUGGUGAAAGAGGUGUUUAUCGCGGUUUGGUGUUGGCUGAUCGUAGUGCGAGAUGGUGUGUUUUUGCAGAGUGGGAAUGUGUUUGA